AUGUCUGCCGCCGCGGGUACUCCCCCCCCCCCCCCCGGACGCAGUUCGGGCCCGCGUUACGGCCAUUAUACCGAUAAGUCGGACUGUCGCUGCGCCCUAGGCGAAUACUUAGUGGAGGGCGAUUCCUCCGACGAGGAGUUCGCACCUCCGGAGGAGCGCAACGUCCACAUCCUAGUCGAGGCCCGCCCCAAGGUCGGAACCGUACCGGGCGCUCGCGCCGUCCUCUCGCCCGAAUUUCUAGCCCUGGGCCGGGUUUGGGCCCGCACCCUGGCUCUAGCCGAGAUGGAGCCUGCCCCCGUACGCCCCGCCUAUACCCUUGCCCCCGUGCCGGGUGUUACCUCUCCCCCCGCCGCCGCCGACGACGACGACGACCCGAACCGCACCCUCGUCCUUACCGCCAACGCCUUAACCCCGACCCGAGCGGGUGGCCGUUCUGGCGCUGUACCGAGCAUGCAGCUCGGCGUGUUUGCCUAG